GUAAAUAUAUGCCUUUGAGUGACAGAAACAUAUAUGUUCGGCAAGCAGAUCGAACAGUUAUACCAAAUACUGUAGCUGAAUACCAAAACGAAUAGACAAACGUGAAAGUAAUAGUAAAAUAACCCACGUUUGUCUUGUUUUAAUCCGUCUAUCCGCCUGUGUGCGCGCACUGGGAAAAUACAGUCGGGCUGCGCGCGUCUGCGUAUCUAUGCAUGUAGAUCAAAAGUAAACUACAAGCGAAAAAGGAAAGGGUUUUUAUUAAAAAAAUGUAACUGGAAAACCCACGCAUAAACGCAAUUUUAUGAAUAACAAGGUAUUGUGUCGAAAACGCCUGGAACCAAAGUGAGAUAAAGCAUCUUGCCACAACUGCUAAAAUUGCAAAGAAAAAUCAACAGCAAAAAGAACAUCUGAUAAGAACCAGACAAGAAGACGGAUCAUGUUUGUUCCUUUGCCGGUGCCGUUUGUCUUGCCGAGAACUGCCUCUGAUCUCCACGCCUGGCGCCUCAAGUCGCCGCUGGCUCUGCGCUCUCACUCCGAUAUCAGAAUGUCAAAGCCAAUAGAGGUUGAGAAUCCAGCGGCAGCCUCUCCGAUGGAGAGCACAGCCUCCGAAAGAAAUGGCUCAGAUUCAAAUAAUCAGCUUCAGCCAAUGAAAAUCAGCCCUUUCUCUCUUUCUCCCACACUGAGCAGCAGCACCAAGACUAAGGUGGAGGAUUGUGGUGAGAUGUCUCGCGCUGCUGUACAAACUCCACCUGCUCAGACGCCUCUUCCCCACACACAGCUGAUGCUAACGGGUGGUCAGCUCGCAGGGUUGACUGCACUUUUGCCAGCACAGCAACAGCUGCUCUUACAGCAGGCGCAGCUCCUCGCUGCAGCUGUGCAGCAGUCGCAUGUGGCCCACACGGCCAAUCAACAGCAAGCCCAGCAGCAGGCAGCUCAGCCGCAGUCACAGGGCCAAUCGCAGAGCACACAGGAACAAAACGCCGUCCCUGUCCCGCCGCCUCCUCCUCACCAGCUUCCUCUUUCUCAGCCAAUCCAGCUCACUGCGCAGGACAUUCAGCAGUUGUUGCAGCUGCAGCAGUUAGUCCUCGUUCCUGGACACACUCUGCCUUCACCCGCACAGUUUCUUUUACCACAAACACAGCAAGGGCAGCAAGGGCUGCUAUCAACGCCAAAUCUAAUAUCACUACCUCAGCAAAACCAAGGAAGCCUGCUGGCCGCUCCACACAGACUUAGUCUUCAAGCACAGAGGGAGAAGGUUGCAGAGAGCAGCGUGAACACAGUGACCACUCAUCCCGAAGAGCCCAGUGAUCUGGAGGAACUGGAGCAAUUUGCCCGCACGUUCAAACAGAGAAGGAUCAAACUGGGCUUCACACAGGGUGAUGUGGGAUUGGCCAUGGGGAAGCUCUAUGGGAACGAUUUCAGUCAGACCACCAUCUCUCGAUUUGAGGCGCUCAAUCUCAGCUUCAAGAACAUGUGCAAACUUAAACCUCUGUUGGAGAAGUGGCUGACUGACGCAGAAACAAUGACGAUGGACAGCAUCUUGCCAAGUCCCAGUGCUCUUUCCUCUCCCUUGCUGGGGUUUGAGGGCCUGCCUGGCCGCCGUAGGAAGAAACGCACCAGCAUUGAGACCAACAUCCGCGUCGCUCUGGAACGCAGCUUCAUCACGAACCAGAAGCCUGCCUCAGAGGAGAUCCUGCUCAUCGCUGAAAAGCUCAACAUGGAGAAGGAGGUGAUCCGCGUCUGGUUCUGCAACCGCCGACAGAAAGAGAAACGUAUUAACCCCUCCAGUGCCACCCCUCCCUUGCCCAGCCAACCCCAGCCCACCUUGCACAAACCCCUCUGCUACAGCCCGCACAUGAUGCCCAGUCAGGGACCAUCGCAGACAGUGAGCAGUCUCGGUACAGCAGGUAGGGCACAGAAGUGGACAUCUGCUGAUCAGAGAUACAUAUAA